AAUUCUUUCAGCUGAAAAUUUUUUCUGUUUUUUCUUGAACAUUUUGUGAUUCUAUUUAUUAAUUGUUACCGAUUAAUUUUAUAUACCUUUUAUCACUUGUUAAUUAUUGUAUUCUUUUUGUCUUUACCCUUUUCUCUUGGUUGGUAUCGUUGAUUCAGUUUUGAAUGAUGGAAGCAAAUUGUGGGUUUGCUUGUAAAAAUUGUUCUUCUCCUUUGGUUAUCCAUUCUUCUAUUGCUCAGAUGAAUGUGUCAACUCUAAGUGAAUUAUCAAACAAUUUGGAGCUUGGCUGUCAUAAUUCUUCUUCUGGUUUGGAUGUAAAUGUUGAAUCUGAAUAUGAUGCUACCAGUUCCUCUUUGGAUGAAGUGCAAAGCGCAAGUAAUAGCUUUCUAAUCAUUGGUGAUUCGAUGUUGGAAAAUAAUUCUCAUGAAGUUGAUAUGCACAGCGCUGCAAUUCAAGGUCUAGGUCGGGAAAUGAGAAUUAGUGGUAAAUUGUUCGAUAUCCUUUCAGAAAAAUCUAUUGUUGAUCAUCCCCUAUGCGAGGAAUGUGCCGAUUCUCUAAUUGACAAAAUGGAUCAGAAACUAAAGAACCUUGAAGAAGAAUGUAAAGAUUAUCGUGAAUGUUUAGAUAAAUUGGAAAAGAAGAUGAAAAAUACAGACCCAGAAUCAAAUAUUAAAAAGUUACAAGAUCGUAUCAAGGAGCUUGAAAAGGAAGAAAGAAGAUUAAUCGAUGAAUUGACCAGAGUCGAGAAAAGGAAAAAGGAAACAGAUAAAAGACUCGCUAAUCAAGAAUUAGAGCUCCAUCGUUUACGAAGCGACAAAGAUGCUUUCAGAAAAGAACACAAUUAUUUAAAGAAAGUUCUCUUUGAGCUCGACGACGAACGUUUGAGUGUGGAAAACUCGAAGAAAUAUGUGAUAAGACAUCUUGACAUCUUAAGAAAAACAAACAUCUUCAAUGCCACUUUCCAUAUCUGGUAUAAUGGUCAUUUUGGAACUAUAAAUGGAUUCCGUUUGGGUCGAUUGCCUAAUCAUCCAGUGGACUGGACAGAGAUAAAUGCAGCUUGGGGUCAAACGGCUUUACUUUUGUUUUCUUUGGCUCGAAAAAUUAACCUUACCUUCGUAAGGUACCGAGUUGUUCCUUUUGGUAACCACUCGUUCGUCGAGACAUUAGAAGACUCGAAAGUUAAGGAACUCCCACUCUAUGGUUCUGGUGGCUUUAAAUACUUACUCAACAGUAAAUUUGACUUAGCGAUGGUCGCAUUCCUCGACUGUAUGAAUCAAGUUGUCACACAGAUCCAACAACUGGACAAAUCUUGGUAUUGUCCAUACAAAAUGACCAAUGAAAAGAUUGAAGAUACAAAACUAAGCAACUGCUAUUCUAUAAGAAUCCAAUAUAACUCAGAGGAAGAAUGGACAAAAGCAUUGAAAUACAUGUUGACCAACCUCAAAUGGAUACUAACCUGGGUCGCUAAAUGAAGUUGACCAUCACCAACAAACUUUUUUUUUCAUAAACAAUAUAAAUCUAUGUUUAUUUUCAAUUGAUUGAAAAAGAAAUGAAUUCAUGGAUUUGCAAAAAAUUUUCACUAAAUGCAGGAUGAUGAUGAUAUUGAUACAGAUGAAUAGGAUGACAAAUAUUAAUAUAUAUGGAGAAAAAGAAAGAGGAAAAGAUUGACAGAAAGUGACAGAGAGCAUUUUGUUGGUGAUGUAAAAAAAAAUGCAAAUUGAUAACAUUAAAUAUCAUCAAAUACAUUAUAAUAUAUACAUUAAACAUAUUUACAAUUACAAUAUAGAA